AUGAAGGAAAAUAAAAACAAAAGUAGAUUUUCACUUUUGUACAGAAACAAAUAUAUGAUAACAAGUAUAACAUUAUUAUCUAUAAUUAUAAUGUUCCAAUAUAAAUAUCAUGAAGUUUUAUCAGUUUAUAACAAUGAUAUAACAGUACAUCAAAGUAGUAAAUUAUAUUUGGCUCGUUUAUUAUUUGGUAGAACCCGAAGUAGAAUAACUGGAAAAUUGUUAGAAAUAGAAAUUCCGCAUAAUUAUCGUUUAUUUAUUUAUAAUUUGUUAAUAAAAUAUAUGAACAUUAAUAAAAAUGAAAUAAAAUAUCCAAUCGAAUCAUAUAAAUCAAUAAGUGAAUUAUUUUCAAGAUAUAUUAGAGAAGAAACAAGGCCUAUUGAAGAUAUUAGUGAUUAUUCUAUAAUUAGUCCAUGUGAUAGUGAAAUAGUCGAUUUUGGUGAAUUGACUCAAAAUAUAAAUAAUGUUAAAGGACUAAAUUUUAAUGUUGAAACAUUUUUAGGAGUAAAUUUACAAAAAAAAUAUAAUGAUGAUACAACGAAAUUUUAUUAUGCUAUUUUUUAUUUAAGCCCAAAAAAAUAUCAUCAUUUUCAUGCCCCAUUUGAUUUUACAUAUAAUAUGAGAAGACAUAUAUCUGGUGAAGUUUUUCCAUUAUUUAAAGGAAUGUUUAAAUUUAUAAAUAAUAUAUUUAAUAUUAAUGAACGUGUUAUAUUAGGUGGUGAAUGGAAAGGUGGGAAAGUUUACUAUGCAGCAAUUAGUGCAUAUAAUGUUGGUAAUAUAAAAAUCGUAAAUGAUAAUGAAUUGCUUACUAACAAUUUAAGAUCUCAACUAACAUACAUAGGGGGAGAUAUUGAUACGAAGUUUUAUGAAAAUCACAAAAAAGUUGAAAUAGGCGAUGAAAUUGGUGAGUUUAAGUUGGGGUCAUCUAUAAUAAUUAUAUUUGAGAAUAAAAAUAAUUUUAUAUGGAAUGUCAAGGAAAACCAAACUGUCUCCGUGGGCCAGAGAAUUGGGGGCAUUACUCGCCCAACCCCCCCCCAAAACAAAGUAAUUAAAAUUAAGAGCUAA